UUGUGAGUAGCUAAAAGAAGUAAACAGUGGACCGAGAAGAAGUCGUUGGUUGGGCCCUUUCGAAAAGGCUUCAAUACUGUGGUUGUUUUCUUUUAAUAUGUUUGCUGUCGAUAGUUAAUGCAGAUGAAAACCAGUUCCAAACGUCUCAGGCGCCCUUCAUAUUCACCCAGGAAGAUAUCAAGAUUUGUGUGACCGAGAUGGCACUCUGGUCAGUCGCGCUGGCUGUGGCACUGGUGACGACGAAGGCGAGGUCGACCCAAGAUGACCUAGGAAUGAACGGUGCCAAGGAUGACCCGCGAGGAGGACUCUCCUUCAUCCUCCCUGCGCCAUAUAAGGAGCCAGACCCGCAGCCAGGAACCGGGGCCAGAAAUCCUUUUCUCCGCCUGAAGUCCCUCGAGGUUGAGGCUCCUCCCCAGAGCGCCGUGACGAGGAAGCCCGGUAUAGUCGUCAGGUAUGUUGACGACCAUGAGGAGGUCUUCGAGGAUGACCAUCAGCAGCACGACCUCGACGGCGAGAGGGUCCGGCGUCAGGCAGUCUCCCCGGAAGAGGCAGGGGGCGAAGCGGACUCCGGGAGGGCGCCUGGCCGGAGCGGGGCAGGUCCUCCUCGCGAGUCCGAUCUCGGCGAAACGGAAAACGGCGGAGAUGAAGCGGAGUCUGGAGGCGCAGAAGGCAAAAGCGCAAGUUCCGGAGCGGGAGAUGACGUGAAGGAGAGAGGCAGAGCUACCGAAGGGGAAGAGCAGGAAACGCCCCAGAUCGCCGUCACGUCGGAACCCAGCGUCGCCCAUGGGGAGGACGAAACCAGAGCCCCGGGCGUGACAGCCGCUAGCAACGCAAAUCGCUCGCUGCAAAACCGACCUCUUACACGCACCACCGACGGAGCCGAAGGAUUAGGAACCGAAGCAGAGACGACCACAGCCAAGCGAGCACGCCAGAGGGAGCGCCAACCCCCCUCCGGCAGAGAGUUAGCCGACGUGCAGGAAAUGUCAUCCUCGCUUGGCUUCUCGGUCCGCCAGUAUUACCAAGACCUUCUCAACUACUACUCGCUCUACCAGGUGCCGAGCAACCCCCUGGCGCUCGAUCCAGGGCGUGCGGCUUACGAGGCCCCCGGAGCCGAGUCUGGGAUCUACGCGCACACGCCCUACGACCAGAGCCUCCCUCACUACUACGUGGUCUAUCCCUACGGCUCGAGCUGGGCGCCGGCAGGAGGGUCCGCGCUGAAGCAGAACUUCCGUCCAGCGGUGUCUGAGGCGGCGGAGAGGGACGUGUACCGGCUCACCAUGGACCAGCUGCAGGAGGCUCUUCGGGCGCCCAGGGACCAGCCGGACGACGAGGAACCCCCCAACCCUUCUGCCAUACCUCCAACCAACCCCAACGAACCUCAAAUGAACCCCGAGAAACCUCCAGCGAACCCCAACGAAGACCCAACGAACCCCCAGGAGCCGCCGUCUGCUUCGGAGGCUCGAACACCGUCUCGCAUUCCGAACCAGUUGCGAACUCUCUUUUCCCGGGUUGGCCGCGGGUCCGCCCCCAGUUGUCAGGCAGGAAAGUGUGAGGCAGGAAGAGACGCAACGACAACGGCACCGGGCGUCGAGGAAGGAGACGACCCUCCCCCUGGAUCCCUUGGCGGACGACUGAGAUACACCCAGCCGUUCGUGUACACUUUCCCCCUCUCUCGCCGGGGUCUGUCCUGGCCCUUCGGUUACGACCUGGCACGCGCUCCGGUCCACUACCCGUCGACGCACCUCGUUGGACCUCAUCGGCUGAAAGUUCCUUCCGCAUAUUUUGAACCGCGCGACAGGGAACCGACUUCAGGAAACAGACCCCAUGGUUCAUACACUCCCUCGAAAGAACAUGCAGGGUGGGUCCAAGAUGGCCAGAAUGGAAAUGGAGCCGGAGACACGACGCGCCUAACCUACGCCUCCCUUUCACCUUCGAACCACGAUCGCCAGGCCUAUAGCUUCCUCACAGAGAGGGACGCAACAGGUCUACCUCCCCACGAAGAAGCGGCAUAUGGUGAUCACUUCCAAUAUGAUUUACAGCUAGGGUAUAACAUCUACGAUAUUAACACAGGUGGUGAUCCUCCACUCAAUACACACCUCUCGGCCACGACUCAGAGCUUCAAUUCCCCGUGGAGUCUAACCCACACGCAUUUCAAAACAACCGCGAAUACCAAGCCAGUAUCAGAUGCCCAAGGAAAACACCAACAAGGCGAGGGUCCCGGAGCCAGGCAACCGGUGUAUGGAUUUCGUUUGGUUUCAGGUGAUCGCACAGAACUCCAUGAAGAGCAGCCAUACUACCUAUCCGUUGCAGAAGACGCGAGAGAGGAAGUUGAGCCAGAGCCCGUGAUUGUGCAAGAAGACAGACGCCAAAGAAAUUACGAGACAUUAUAUCCUUUCGUCAUUGUUCAUCACGGGCAAGAGCUCUAG